AUGGACGCUUUGAAGAAACGUCAACGCUUUUCUGGCCAUGACGAUUUGGUGCUGUUACGGGAAGUAUUGUCUCACAAUCCAUUUGAGAAUCCUGCGUUAUGGCAAGUGAUUCAAGAAAAUGUUUCCAGUUUAACUGGAAAAACAUUCGUCAUAAGAACACUGAGGGAACAUUUGGAGAGGUUAAUAAAACUGUGGCUGGAAAUGUUUGAAAUCUUUAAAGACAAGUCAGGAAUAGAAGUAGUCUCUACAGAGAAGGAUACUUUAUGUAGCAAUAUUUAUUAUUUGAUGAAGGAAUUCAAAGUUGCCAAAAAGAAGAAAACCUCAAUCAGUACAUCGAAAACUAUUGGUAACGAUGCUGAACCCAACUGUUGGAGGCUUCGGGAUCAACAGAGAAAACAGAGAAUAUAG